CUUUUCUUAUCCAUCUAUUUUAGCCUCGUCGCCGCCUCCUACAUUUGCUGUUGUCUUAUUUAUUUAUUUUCCUUCUCCUUUGCCCUCGCCCUCUGUAUACUGGUUCUAUACAUUCGUCGAGGAAUCCUGCAUUAAAGAACUGCGCGGGGAAAAAAGAUCCACUGCGAUCGAUAAAGGCCUCUCUUAUCUCCCUCCAACCAUUCCACAAUCCACCAUGGCCUUUCGCCUCCCACCACCAGUUCCCCGCCGUCAACAUUCAUACUCGACCUCGCAACCCCCCCCUCCUCCGGCCCUUGAGGUACCGCAGAGACUUGAGAACGAACCCACUGAGUGGGUACUCUUCUCGCCCUCCCAGCCGUCAGCCGACGCCCGCACGCACACGACCUCCACCGAACGCACUCCACGCACAGUUGCCGCCUCCCGCUUGAGUGAUUUUGGCUCCUUUGGUACUCCGACGCGCUCAGCUUGGGGACAGGAUAAUGGUGACCUCGAUGAUGCCCUCGAAGAGCCGUUGGACGAGGAUGGCACCGAAUUAGACAGUCUGGAUGACGGCCUACAUGCCUUCCGGGCGCCUUCGGUGAACGAAGAGUCUUCCAAAUGGGACCAAGGGACACCGGCUGUCCUCCCCGCGCAUGAUGGACUAGGGAGUUUUGAGGCAUCGGCCCAGCCGGUACAAGACCAGUUGUGGCAGCAUGAGCAAUAUAAUCCUCACCGGCGGCCUAUGCUUGGAUCCCGGCGAUACUCGAGUGUCCAACGUCAGUUGGACUCGGUGGAGGAUAACGAAGCUAUAGACAUGGAGCGGGAACGAUGGCAGCGGAUUGAGAAGUGGAGGAUGGAUCAGAGCCGGGCGCUCUUGCAGGAGGUUGAGAAAGAGACGCGUAGACGGCGCAAUAGCCGCGUCAGUAGGCUGGGUGAGCCCGCGGUUUCUCAACCUGAGCUUGCGAGUAUGGACAGCACUCUGGAGCUAUCCAAGGAAGACGCGUCUCCACCCUCUACAGUAACCGAGGGCGAUGAAGAUGAAUCUUUGUGGCGAAGGAUCACCCGCAAAGUCAUUCGGGACCUCAUCGGUAUCGACGAUUCAUUGCUAUUCGCUCUUUUUGGUGAUUCCCUACCAGAGACCGAGAGGGAGACAUCUGCUGGGACAGAUGACACUUUCCACAUGAAUGACGCCCUCAAAUCGGAGCUGGACUCUGCCCCCGACGACCACAGCCACUGGCAGACUACGCUACUUCAGCGCAUUGCUCGAGAAUUAGGAAUCCUUGUCCAUCAGCUUUGUGAACAUCCAGGAGCCUUCACAUCCUAUCUCAGCCUGACAAGCGAGAUCCCCAACCAGUACGCCGGCAUGCCUCUCAGGUCGUUACCAGAAGAGGGCGAGUCCCAAGUCCGCCCUGAAUCUGCAGUCCUAACAGCCUCACAGGAGCUGGCAAGCAACAGGGAUUCGAUGCUAUCCCCACAAUUUUCUCCUACUAUUCGUGAUCCCCAUGGCCGAGAGCACGCCGCACAGUGGGGCAUUGAAGAUGAUGACCUGAAUCGGAAUUCUACUACAGAGCCAUUAUCCGAGUCGGUGCGUCUUCAGCAGGAGAAGGAAUACUGGGAACGGGAACUCGAUGUUAUGAUGGUCUUCCGCUAUCUUCGCAAUCGCUUCAGUCGUCGAAGCGGCAACACUGAUGCCCACCAACCCCCUUCACGCCGACCCCCGCAAGAUGCAUCCCGACGCGCCGCGAUCAUCCGUCAGCACCACCCACUAGUAGCACGAGCACACUCCCGCUCUCAGGCUCAAAUGCGACGCCAGUCCCAGCACUCCAUUAAUCAAUCAAACCAGACUGGUGUCUCAUCUCCUAUUUUACGCCAACAUUUCCGCCACUCCAGUUCUAGCUGCGGUCAGAGCGCAAAGCUCUCUGGUAUUUCCAGUCGCCGCACCCUCACUGGCUCCAGUCGGAACUACUGGGACAUUGGUGGCAGUGUAGACAGCGGAAGUGCUAUUGCACCUGUAGCGGCUGGUGCUGGGACUUGGGGGGACGUCUAGUCACUCACUCACUACCUAUCUAGGGCAUAUCCACACAACCUACAAUCCAUGACAUUCUCAAGUACCUUCCCCCUACUGCCACUCACUUUUAUUGCAUGCUGGCCAUCAAUGUUUAAUUUAAUAGGGCUGCUUCGUCCGAAGACCAGGAGUUUCUAGGGUACUGUCAUGAUCUACGACACCUAUACCUAUACCUAUACCUAUACCUAUACCUCCCUUGUUUAGUUUGGCUAUCUGUCUCUUCUCGGUAUCUUUCUCUCGGCGUUAUCUGGCAUUUUCUUUCCUUAACAUAUAUCCAUAUACUGAAUCCAAAUCUCCGACAUGUUUAACUUGGGGUAACAAUGCAUUGGUGUGGUCUUUUUGCAUUUCUUCCAUAUCCAAGAGGGCCAGCAAGGGUUUAGAUAUCUCUCUCAUCAGCUGGGACAGGUGCAUGUGAAACGGUGUACAGUAUGUAACGGGGCAACUCGGUCAGAGGGGUUAUAUAUAUAUCGGAAGGUGAAUUUGUUCUAUAUAAUGCAUGGUCUUACAAUCAACGCAUGAAUCAUUCAUUUACCUGAUUACAUUAUCUCAUGAAACGUGACUUUAAAUGACUAUGCAGGGUGUAUAUAUAUCGCAUGUUCACAAGAAAUAUUGUGAAAAGCCUUGUAAUCAAAUCAUAUCAAACAACCAGAAAAUGACCAAUUUGGUGAUCCUGAGGACUCAAUUACUCUAUCUGCUAUCUAGACGG